CACACACACACACACACCGUGCCAGCCUUCCUCUAUAAAGGCGCCAUCUGUUACUCCUGCUGGCAUUUUGAUGCUUCCAGCUGCGGACACCAGACAUGAACACCGCUGAGACUGUCGUGUUGUUGUCGUUUGCUUUCAUUGCUUUAGGAGCCAGCAAGCGCACCGCUCGGGACGAAGGUGAAUGUUCCUCCCCGCUGGAGUACCCUCACGCACAGCUGCCCAGCAAGUCUAGGAGCGUCUUCAGGAGCGGGGAGAAGGUCUUCUACCACUGCGCAGAGGACUUCACCGCCGUCAAAGGGUCCCGUUCUGUCCAGUGUGUGGACGGAAAAUGGACCAAACUGUCUCUGGAAUGUGAAAAGAUUAGGUGUGGCAACGCUGGUGACCUACCCAACGGGGAGUUUCUACACGAAGGGGAAGGAUUCAUUGGAGAAAAAGUUUAUGCUGAUUGUAAAACAGGAUAUGCUCUGAAGGGGCCAAAUUACAGGAUAUGUAAGAGUUCUGGAUGGGCCGGUGAAUUCCCGUCUUGUGAAGAGACCUGCACUGCCCCAACAGUGGACAACUCUGUGCAGAAAGGUGGUGUUUCAAAAUACUUUGUGGGAGAUAUCAUGAACCUCACCUGUAAGCAGGGUUUCCAGUUGAAUGGAGCUCAGACGAUCACCUGCAGGCCCUCUGGUCGGUGGCAGCCUCAGCCUCCGCGUUGUGUGGCAUCAAAAGUUGAAACUCAACAGUUAACCGACCAGAAAGUUGGAUGUCAAGCCCCACCAGCUGCCAGCGGCUCCAAUGUCAGACUAUCCAACAAGUACACCUUCAAGACAUCGUUUUCCUCUGGUGAUAGAGUCUACUACCGCUGUGACGUUGGGUACACUUCAGUUGGUGGCAGCAGGCUUCGUAUGUGCUUCAACGGGAUCUGGACGCCACUGACACUGAUUUGUGAAAGGAUGUCUUGUGGACAUGCAGGAGAGUUUGAAAAUGGACAUUUUACUUAUUCUGGCAUACAUUUUGGAGAAAAAGCUACAGCUGUGUGUAAUAAGGGGUACAGACUUGUAGGACAAGGCACUAGAGUGUGCCAAAGUGAAGGAUGGGAUGGACGUACUCCUGUUUGUGAAGUCAUAAAGUGCGAAGAGCCGAUUAAAACAAAUGCUGCAAGGAGAAACAUCCAGGAGGCGCCUUACAGCUACAGUAACGUGCUCAUCUAUUAUUGUCUGGAGGGAAUCCUCGACGGACCAUCACAUAUAUGGUGCACCGAAAACGGGACAUGGAGCGCACCGCCUCCACAAUGCAAAGUUGUAACAUGUCCAUCACCAAACGUUCCUCACGCCUUCUGGGUGAACGGCUACAGACAAAAGUAUAACCCUAACGACACGAUCGACUCCUUUCAGUGCAGGAGGGGCUACACACUCAGAGGACCAAAACACAUCACCUGCACUCGAGAAGGGACUUGGUCGCCUAAACUUCCCUCAUGCCAACCACGAAACUUUAACUACAACGGCUAAUCUGCAGUCUGAAGUGUGACGCUGCGAUAUUCAAUCUAAGCUGCAUAAAAUCCUCAACAAUAGCUGGCAGAGGAUUAACAAGCAAAGCUAAUGCAUGCCAUCGAAACUCAUUCCGUUAAACUCUCCUUGUAAUGACAUUUUUGUAUACCAUCACUGUAAAGAAAAUAAAUGUGUUAAAACGAA